GCUCGGAGUAUAACCGUAAUUUCUAAGCGUUUAAAAGACAAGGCAAGUAAAUUUUAUUUCCUUAUUUUUCUCAGCUUGUUUAUUUGGACCUAUAAGUGCCUUUUACAAAGCUAACCUUUUCAUAUUAACAUUCCCUUCCUUUUUAUAUUUGCAAUUACAUCUAUUCAAACGGAUUGGUAUGGGAUUGUCAGCAUUGUGUCGUACUAAUGACGAAGAAAGAAAGGUGCUUUUGAGUUUGCAAUGUACUCAUAAACUAGAUGCUCAUAUUCCGUGAUUUGACUAGUUGUUUAUGUAUUCACUUUUCUUACAUCAAAAUUAUAACUAUGACUUGUUUAAUUAAGUAAUUUUCCUGUUAAGGUUGCUAAUAUGGGUCGCAACUUUUCCGACGAAAGGUGGAGGGGUGGCUAACACAUGACAUCUUUUUAUGAGUAGCUAACUUUACUCCCUGAAACGAUGUUCUUUACCACUCAACAUUGGUGUAGGUCAAAAUUCUUAGACGCGUUGUUUCACCUUUCCUUCACAUUCCGUGAAUUUUACAGUGCCAGUCCUCCCGCCCCAUUCGUCUUGCUAUCGCGGAGGGACAAAUACAAGUGAUUACAUUCACAAAUAGAAAACUAGUGCAUUUCGAUGUCCAGUCUGGCGGUAAAGCGUGCAAUGCGAGACUUUGAUGUUCUCUCUCGCGUCUGCGCCACUGGGGAGGAUCCGUUUCUCGUUAGUAUUUCCCAACAGGAUGAAGAUCUGUUUCAUUGGUGCGUAGUGAUUAACCCGCCGCCCGAAAGUGUCUACGCCGGGAUUUCCUACGAGCUCCUGUUGAGCCUAUCCCCAAUAAGUUAUCCUAUUGAGCCGCCGUCUAUUCGGCUGCUCACCCCGAUCUUCAAUCCUAUUGUUUCCGCGGAAGGGAAGAUCUGUGAAGGGCUUCUAGCAAGUUUAGAUUGGAAGCCGACCAAAAAGCCCACAGAUGUGUUAAAACUCAUCGUGGAAUCGAUUUUUUUGAAUUACAAACGCUAUGAUGUGCUCAACGAACGGGCCGCAGAGCUUUUGUACAUGGAUGAGAAGAAGUUCAUCGAAGAAGUCCGUUUACAUAAAAUGAAUAUCGUAGGAGGACAAGGAAACACACCAAUCCUCUAA